UAUAUAUACAUAUAAUACACAUCACAAAAGUCCACCCAUCAACCUCUCUCUCCCUCUCUCAACUUACCACCGCAGCUUUUACUCAUCAAUCUUUCCCCUCUUUUCUUAUUUGUUCCACUAAUCAAUACAACACAAGACUCUGUGUGUGUGUCUUUCUCUCCCAAAAAAUGGCUCCAGGUUCUUUCCAUGAUGACACUUCAAAUACCGUUUGUGUAAUGGAUGCUUCAGGCAGACUUGGCUCUGCCCUUGUUGAACGCCUCCUCCAAAGAGGCUACACAGUACAUGCUGCAAUUCAAAACGAUGGGGAGUUGAAGAUUGGAAGUGGGAUAUCUAGCGAGGUGAAGAAGAAAUUGAAGAUUUUUCUUGCAGACCCAUUUGAUUACCAUGGAAUAAUUGAUGCUCUGAGAGGCUGUUCUGGUUUGUUCUACACAUAUGAGCCACCACAAGACCAGUCUGUAUACGAUGAAUACACAGCAGAGGAGGAGGUAAGAGCUGCACACAAUGUGCUUGAAGCAUGUGCACAGACGGAAACAAUUGACAAAGUUGUCUUCACAUCCUCUGUGACUGCUGUUAUUUGGAGAUCAAAUGAUCUUAAUUCAGUAGCUAAUUCUGAUGCCGACGAAAAACACUGGAGUGACAUCAAUUUUUGCCGUAAAUAUAAGUUGUGGCAUGGAGUAUCAAAGACACUAGCAGAGAAGACAGCGUGGGCACUGGCAAUGGACAGAGGCAUGUCCAUGGUGUCUAUCAACGCAGGAUUGUUGAUGACACCUGAUCUUUCAAUCAAGAACCCUUAUUUGAAAGGAGCAGCAGAGAUGUAUGAAGAUGGAGUAUUUGUCACCGUUGAUCUUAACUUCAUGGUCGAUGCACAUGUUUGUGUGUUUGAAGAUGUUUCAUCUUACGGACGCUACAUAUGCUUCAACAAUGUUAUUAAUAGACCAGAAGAUGCUGAUCAGCUUGCUAAAAUGUUGUCCCCAUCUGCACCUUCACUGCCUCAAAGCUACAGUGAAGAUAUGAGGAUUAUCCCACAAAGAAUAAGCAACAAGAAAUUGAACAAGUUGAUGGCAGAGUACGAAAGUAAACAUCAGCUGGAUUGAACACACAACAGAACAGAAAAUCACAGCAAGACCUAAUACACACCGUUUUUAUUAGCUACAGAAUUUGUAGGUUUUUUUUUUUAUUUUUAUCAAAUUUGGAAUUAAAUAGACAGCAAUUUUUAUCAAGUUGAUCGACUUCUGUUAAUUAGGUUGCGACUGUAAGCCUUUCUGUGAUAUGAAUGAGAAUUAAAUGUGAAAGGGUUGUUGCAUGUAUUA